UGCAGCCGGGACCAACGGCUUAACUUAUCUUCGCACGCGCUAACCACCUGUGCCAUCGAACUCCUCUAUACGCCUAUAUACGCCAUGACCAAACUUAUCCAACUAUCACUUUUAUCCAAAACACAUUGAAUAUAAAAAUAGUUUAGAGCAUACAUUCCACCAAAAUCUGACCUAAAAUCGUUUGCAGCCUCAUCGGAAUGGAAUAUCAAACAUCAUAUUUAUAAGAAAUCAAUAAAUCGACAGUGGAAAAGCAAAAUUGCUUAACCGCCACUUUGGUGCUGCUUAAAAAUUAUAACUUUGCAGUUUUUAUUUAAAGUUAAACAAAAGUGGCGUAUAAACAAUUUUGCUUUUUCACUGGCAAAACAACUUUAUAAAUCUGUGUAAUUAUAAUUGCUAGUACCAUUUGGAACAACUUAACGUUACGGAAAUAAUUUCAAAUCAAUUCUGCUUAAAAAAAUCAGCACUUGGGCAGUGCUUAAUUUGUAAGCCUACAAGAGAGCUAGACUAGAUGACCUUCAAAAGUGAUUUCGAUUCAAAGCAAGUGGCGUGUGUGAAGGAAAUAAGUCAAAUAACAAAAUUAUUAAUAGUGUGCAGGUGACGUAACGCCAACGAACCACUCGUGGUCAUGAUGUCAAGGUUGCUUCCGAUGACUUAUACGACACGUCGGUAUACAGGAUGUAUGUGCCUUGAUAGUGUGACUUUAACAGGGAUAACCUUAUAGGGAACAAGAAUUACUUAUAAAGAAAACAGUCUCUCUAUUGUUUAUAUUUUCAUUUGAAAUUCUUUAUCAAUCUUUCUUUCUUGUAUCUGACACAGUCUCUACUUUAGUUUUAAGCGUAGUUUCCUCGCAAGGUUUAUAAUUUUUACCACAUCAGUUACCAUCUAAUAAUAAUUACUUUAAAACAUUAAAUGUAUUAAAAAUAGAUUUCUUUGUGUUCAAUUUAGUUAAAUAAUUUUUAAUAGAAAGACGUAGGUACUAAGAAUACCGCAAGGAAAUUUUGAAAUAAAUUCACACCGACAGAUGAACAUAAACAAUAUGGAUAAUUAAAUAAAAUAGGCUAUGCAAAUGAGAGAGUCACAGCAAAUAAAUACAAAACCGAUACCCAAAUACAGGUAAUUUAAAUUCACGGAUGACACGAGAAAAAUAUUUUAGAAUUGUGUAUAAAGGAUAUUUCUUUCAUGAUGAAAUUCAAAUCUUGGCAAAUAUAUAUUCAUUAUCUUUUAUAAUACGUAAACAUACAUGAAAAUAGCGAUGAUUUAAUAGAGUAUUUUUUAUUGCAAGUGAUAUUCUUGACCUGGAAGUAUCAAGAGCGAAUUCGAUACGCAAAUGUAUGUUGAUACAAUUUAUAUAAAUGUUUUUAAAUACAAUCUUAGAAAGCAAGCGAGCGAGUGAUAAGAAAUUUCAACGGCCGGUGAAGCAUGGAAAAUGGUGCAAGUACUUAGUUUAGUUUAGCUUUAUUAGUAGAGCAAUGGUAUUAUAAUUUAUAAUAUUAACGUUGUUAAAGGUAAAUAAAGAAAAAUAUUUCGAUUUAUACCAGCCAUUACUCAAAUGUUCAAGUCCAGUAGGAUCUGAAUCUGAAUGCAGUCAUAUUUCAACAAAGAGUAACAAGAAACUACUACCUACUUUUUAAAUAUUCGUUUAAAUUCCGCUUCUCCUUCUAUCACUGUUUUUUGUUAUUGAAACAUCUUUUCUCUACCUUUCUACCUUAAGAGAUAAAAUAAGAAAUGUUUCAGAAUAUGCCAUAAAUAUUUUAUGAGUGCAAUAUGCUCAAAAACAUAAUAUCAUCAAAACAAAGGGUGGAAUACAGUUACUAGCUACUGCUUAAUUUUAAUAUAAUCGCCGUUUGUUUCUACGGAUUCUGUAGUGAUCAAAGAUUAAUUAAACGGUGUUACGUCACCGAAGCUUGCAGUUUAAUCGUCUAUCGCGGAUAGAUAGCGCAAUACGAUUUGAUACGACGCCGGUCCAAGUCGAAUUUUCAGUGACACGCGAACGACGACAGGCGACCGACGCUUGCGCCACGUGUUCAAACGAAAUACGAACGAAUUCUGAAUUCGAAAUCGCGAAUUCAACGUGCAAAUAAGUGUUGAGUGCGCUUGUUUUGUGUGUGUUUACCAAGAAGGUUUAGGAUGUGAUAUAUUGGAAAUUCUCUCGAAUAUAACCAUUUUAUCAAAAAAUAAAGAAACUCUUCAUAAUACCUAUAUUUAUCUCGCUGCUUUACUUAAUCUUUACGACGUAGGUUAUCGAUUUUGCAGAAAAGUUUAAAGUAAAUUUAGGAUUCGGUUAUUUAUAGUUUUUUAUUACGUUAGUGCCUUUCUAUGACCUUAACCUCUACAUGAUAAUAGACAUCCUUUUAAAAAUCUAUCUGCUUAAAUUGCAGAUACCGGUAUUGUUAUCAAUGAUAUUAAUAUAUUUUCUUUCGUCUUGAACACAUGCCAAACCUUUAUUGUUUUUGUUUGGUUGUGUCUCUUGAAGGUCUUAUCAUAAUGAGUGUUUAUUUUAUCAUCGUUAUAGAAGCACUCCAAAUGGAAGUUUAUAACUUUAUGAUAUGAUUAAUUGUUUGUUUCUUUUACUAAAUCACAGAUGCAUUGAUAAAUUGCAUAGACUGAACUUACUAAACUAUGAAACCUUAUUGACCAUUUCGCAUUUCGUGUAAUUCCGAUAAGUGUUUGAUAGGACGUGAUCCGAUAUAUUCAGUGUUGAAUUUACAGGACACAAAAUCAAAGUUUUUCUUUAUUCGAAUUGAAAUCGCAAUACAGCCGUUUUGAAUUUCCCUAUCGUUCAGGAAGAUUAUUAAAUUAUAUACCAUUUACACCAACCCCCGCAAUGACAUCACACUUGCAAACUAAUCAUGUCAAAAAAUGUUUAACAAAGUUGGUUUAAACUUUUUGCUUCUGCAUUGUUCCGUGGCAAGCUUAGAUUUUUUUGUUGUCCUGUCCAGAUUUGUCGAUUCCGUAGUGGCCUGCUAAAUCUGCACUGUAUUUUGGAUUGUCUAAGUAUUUUUUUGUAUGUUUUGGUGACUAGUAUGAUAUACGCAACGUCUAAUUUUAACAUUAGUUGAAAAUACAAUGAUGUCAUAAGUUUAAUAUUUUGUCGUGAGUUGAGGAUGAAGUUACGUUACUAAUUAAAAUGUUGAUGGUAUGCCUUUUUUACACGAUAAUCUCUUCAGCUCUACUAUUAGUAUAGAGCGAAUUUUUAUUUUAUUUUUUGACUCGGAUUAUUUAUCCUUUACUUCCGAUUCAAUAUCGUUUGUUUCUUGGCGUAAUACUCAUCUCAAAGAGUUAAUAAAAUAAAGUAGCAAUAAAACAUAAUAUUGAAAGUGUUAGUAUUGUUUGGCAUGCUCUAGUAUAAAUUUUAGGUCACCUCUCGCAUCUAUUUCAAUACGCGCCAGUCCCCUUUUAUGCGCAUAUAGUUGUUAACUAAGUCACCUUGAUUAAUUCAACACCUCGCUUUAUGUGACGGCCCCGGAGUGUACGUUCUGAAGUUGAGGAGAGAGUUAAAUUCCUUCUUUUUGCUCACUCUGGACGUUGAUAAAAUACUCUUUAAAAAGCAUGUGGAUUUUUGAUAUUUUCAAAACACUUGACAAUCGUGUUUCUUUUCAUCAACUGAGAUGACAAACAAUCUAUAUUUAAUUUUGGAAAUACCACCAACAUUUCAGUAUCGUGAUUUCGUGAUCCACGAUACCCGAAAAUAAAAGUGUUCUAUCAAGUGACUUUCUAUUGAAAUCGUUUCAAUAGGUUGCAUUUUCUUAAUCUCCUAAUUCUAAUUUAGAUUGCUCGGUAAUUGCCCGAUCGUGGUCUUUGAUUUCCGCGAAGAUGCUAAAUGCAGCUUUCGUAACUGCUUUAUGCAACUGAUUAAUUAGACAUAGCGGAGCCGUUAAAUUGACUUAUUUUAGUUGAGACUUUCAUUGCUAUUGUUCCAAGCAUUAGUUAUUCGGUUUAGUGGUUCCCUCUUUAUCUAAACCACUUCUCGCGUAAUUAUUGCAUUACUGUGUCAAUAUCUAUCUAUUGCCGAAUCUCUUAAAACCCGUGACUUUCCACUUAAUUUGAAUGAGAUUCUUGUAUCUAUAAAAACUUGUAUUUUCUUUUCGUCUUUGCAAUAAACAGUGACAUUAUUACGAUAGAGCAUAUUCUCUUUAAACUUAUAUAUUUUGGAGUAAGUGAUAAAAGAUGAAUCUAAGUGUGUAAACAAAGGUUGCUUUAUGAGAAGUUCCUAUCUAAAAAGAUUCUGUGCUCGCCUGAAGUAGAAAUGGUAUUUGGCAUCGCUCUCCUCGCAUUAUAAAACACCACGUAUGCCAGCAACGCUAUUUUUAAGAGCCUAUGACAUUAGCUAUUUACCUUUCGAUCCAGCACAGUUAAUGAUGAUAUCCAAACUCUCGGGUACAACAAAUGGACUACUUCUGUUUUCUAUUGCAUUUUGUAAGUGUUUUAAUUUACUGGAUUUAGUAGAGAUAUUUUAAUGGUACUAGUUGGUUUUGGAUGUAAUGCUAUUAUGGUUAGUUAGAAUCGUAUUUAAAAGCGUACAUGAUUAAGCUAUUGUAAAUUAUAUUUUGAUUGUUGUUAUCACAUUUAUUAAGUUCGGAUGCACCUCGAUGUAUCGUAAUCGCUUUAAAUUUCACGCUAUGGCAAUUGCUAAUUUUAUUGCCAAGGUCAAAUUUAAGGUCAUUGGUAUCAUUUCUAUUGCCUCAUGUGGGCUUUAAAAUAAUUUUCCGCAUAAAACAAGGUUAAUGUCGGUUGCGCCCUAAGUUUUUAUAAUUUGCUUGUAUCCUUUUUUGUGUCUGUAAAUACUUUAAUUUUUUCAUCGUUUUCCUCAAAACGGGCAAUUCUUGCUUAACUCUCAAAUGAUGUAAAGUUGUUUCCUUUUGAAUAGGUUUACUUUUUAUUUUUUUAACCAAUAAAUAGCAAUCGUAUUACAAAGAUCUGUUUUAUCUUUUAGAAGUCUACUUAAUCUUAUUUCUAAGAAUCUGUAUUAUAAAAGCUUCGUAGACAAAUUCAUCAAAUGUUUUUAGUUCAACGUCUCGCAAUGACCUAGAAGUUAUUAUUAGAUAUGUAAAGCGCAUCAUUUAUAUAACAACAACAAACAAAAGCCACGUUUACUUUACUGUAAAUAUUACAUUUUACGGAACAUAAAUUUAUAAGUUACUGACUAAGCUCAUAACUUAAAGUAUCAUGAAUAUUAAUUAUGGUAUUUAGAAGUCUUACAAUUUAAGCAAAUAAUUGAGUCGACGCGUAGUCAAUGCUAAAGUAAAUGUCAUAUUACACUUCUUUUUAUUUAUAAUACAAAAAGAUCAGACUAGCCCUUGAAUAACUUGAGGGUCCUAAGCAAAGCUAUGUUAUAUUUUUUAUGACUGGAUUUGGAUCACGCAAGGAUCCUAUUUAAGUCUCAUUGUUAUUACUUAUACAUAUACAUUGUACAUGGGAAUGUUUUGUUAUUUUCAUUUGAUUAUUUUAGCCUGGCAUUUUGAAAAACUGUUGGUGACAACGAACAAUUAAAAAUACAACUCCUUUAGUUUACAGAAAAUCCACAUGGGAUAUUAAGGCUUGUACAAAGUUCCGUCCUAUCAAAUUUAUAACCCCAUGAUGUGGUUUCACGAUGACAUCAUAAGGUAAAUAAACAUCCACUUUUGUGGGUUGAAUAUAAAAGUUGUUGAUGAUGGAAAUGUUAUUAUAAGCGCCCUAAUGGAACUUCAUUUACAUAGAAUAGUUUAGGGAAGAAUACACGUUUUACUUUGAUUUUAUAUCUCCGACUACUAAUCAGUCUAGUAUCUAACGUAGGCUUAAAACAUUUAGAUUCUUCAAAUUGGUAACGUAACUUAAUUCUUUUGAAAUGUUAGUGAAAUGAUUUCCCAUAUCUUUCUCUGAAACAUAAAAAACUCGUGAAAGCACGCAAACGACUAUAAAAUAAAAUUAAUUGUUACAUAAAACGAUAUUCACGGAUUGUCAGACUGCGCCUUCCGUGACCCGACCGCGCAUCGAAAUGCGCGCGCAUUGUAAAACUCUCCAGUAAAUUUUCCGCCCGUAUCGAAUCAGCCAGUCACUUUUCCUAACCUCAAACCUACCUCUACCUCACGAACAGCUGUUCGAUACUCACUAUGUUAAAUAACUAACGUAACCAAUUAAAAAUUACAUACGAACAAUCGGAACUUACCGGCUAGUCGCGUCCGACGCGAUUACGAAAUGAUUUAAAUUUAGAAACUUUGUUUUUUCUUUACGAUUUACGGUUUUCUUGGCUUUCAUUCAGUUUUCAGUCCACGUUCUAUGCGACAACUUGUUUCAAUUUUGAAAACUCUUGUUUUUCUAGAUUCGAAUAGAAUCUGCAUUCAAUUAUUUAACGUAGUGUUAUUAGUUUGUUUUUAUUUAAAUCUUUAUUUUAUGGUUACUCUACUUUUAUAGGUUAUAGUAUACUGUUUCAAAAUGUGUCUUUACUUCUCGUUUGGAUUAUUGUGAUUAGUUAUUUAACUGAACUAUGGCAGUGUUUUUGUGAGAGAUAUAAAAUUACAGUGUUAUUGUAGUUUCAUAGACUAGUGAAGUGUUAAAAUGGAGGAGUACGAAUAUGAUUUCUCGUACGAGUGCCGGCGUCUCGUCGAGGCAAUGGCGCCACGCUCGGCCCGCUCCUUCCGCCAAGAGUUCAACAUGCAGGACCUGGCGACCACGGAGCACACGGUCACGCACAUUACCUCGGAAAAAUAUGUCAGGACAUCACACACGACAGAGCUAGAUGGCACGCCCAUAAAAUCAAUGGCCAAUGGCAAACUAAGCUCGCCUAAAUAUACAAGCAAAACUAUCAUAACAGACGAUGACAGACCUGACUUACGAAAUCUAAAGAGGGUCCACAAAAUGUACGAAGGCCCAAAUAUCAUUGAAUCACGAGGUAUUGUUCACCCUGAAACUAGGGAAAUAUUGACUGUCGGUCAAGCGAUAAGCAUGAGGAUACUGGACGUACGAACAGGAAGGUUGAUAUCUUCCCCUGAAACAAGACAAACUAUGAGUAUCGAACAAGCAGCAGAAAAGGGUCUAAUUGAUCCGAAGCUAGCUGCACGCCUAACAGGACCAUGCGGAAUGACGGAAGAUGGAAACGAAGUGACGUUACUGGAAGCGAUCCAGAGAGAAUUAUACGACGCGGAACAAGGACUCACAGACCCAGCAGAAAAAAGAAUUAAGGUAACAGUUGAAUCUGAAAAGCCGAGUAGACAAGGAAUGAGUAUCUCCGAUGCAUUAAAUUGCGGACAAGUCGAUCUUCAAAGGGGUCUUUAUAGAUUACCUAAUGGAAACUACAUUACGAUAGCCGAAGCUUAUGAAAAAGGAUACCUCAUAUACAACGAGAUUAUCAAAAUAAAAUCUAGUGCUUUGUCCUUAUCUGACGCGAUUAGUCAAGACUUAGUAGACAACAAUGGUUGGAUUUUGGAUAGGAAUUCGGGCGAUAGGUUCCAACUAGAUGUUGCUAUUAAAAAUGAACUUAUUAAUCCUCAUAUUAGGGAAAUUGUAGAACCUAAAAAUGAUAGAAAAAUAUCGCUUGCUCAAGCGAUAGAGAAAAACAUUAUAAAUACCGUUCAUUCUAAAUACGUACAUAAUAUUACAAAAGAAAAGCUUUCUUUCAAAGAUGCAGCAAGUAAACGUUUCAUAUGUAAACCUAUGACACUUAAAGAUGUUUGUGAUAACAACCUUAUGACCAACGAUGGUAAAAUCUUGUCACCAACACAAAGGGUACCUUUAAGUAUUUCAGAGGCGAUCUCCACUGGAGUACUUGAUAGUGAUAAUGUUAAAUGCAUAACUGAUACCACAACUGGACAGCUAUUUACUUUAUCUGAGGCAUUAGCUGCUAAGAUAAUUUUACAUGAUAAUAAGUUCCGUGACAACUUAACCGGUGAGAUUUGUACAAUCCCUGAAGCUGUAGAUAGAGGUCUUAUAACAUCAGUCUCUCAAAGAUCAAUAUUUAAUAUAGAUGGUUUCCGGGACCCAAAAACAGGGGAAUUUAUUUCUUUUAAUUCCGCAUCGAAAAAAGGUUACCUUAAGUAUGCUAACGGUGAAACUUUUCUUAAAUCUGAAAGUGGGGAUUUCGUUUUUAUAGAAGACUGUACAAAAGUAUCAAUAGUCCGUCCUGAAGUUUUAGAAAUGUUUAACCGUAAGAUAGGAAUUUAUGAAAAUGGUAAAGAACUUAAUGUCUUUGAUGCAGUAUUCAAAAAUAUUCUUGAUCCCAAAACAGGGAAUUUACUUGAUGCAACCACUAAGAAACCUAUUCCAUUUAAUAAAGCAGUAGAAAUAAAUAUGAUUACUCCAGAGGGGGCUGCCUUGUUAAAUUCCCUACUAAAUAUAACUCUCACUUUACAAACAGUCACUAAAACGGUAAAACGUUAUGUCACUGUUACGAAUACAAGUGCAUCCCAAAGAUCCGAAGCAAUUCUGACUUUCACAGAAGCUGUACGUCGAGGUCUUAUUGACGAAAAAACCGAGACAUUUACAGAUCCAACUACAGGAACUGUAUUCCCUAUCCAACAAGCUUUAGAUGAAGGAUUACUUGGUGUGGAAAAGAACGAACCUCGUGUUGUUCGUAUUCCCGAAAUAACUAGAAAAGAGUUAGUCCCGGAGCAGGUUGUAGAACUUAGAAUUACCAAAAAAUCAUUUAUUCCCGAUUUACCUCUUAGUCCUGACAGUAAAUUACAACAAGACGAUAAGCCUGAAACUAUUAAAAGUCCUGACGUAGUUAGUCGAAACGUAGCCCAAGAGCGUGAUACUAUAAUGCGAGAAGUCAAAACUGUAACUUCAAAGUCUAUAAUCACAGAACCUACUGUGACUUCAUUAACUAUUAGGAAAAACACUAUCGAAUUACCGCGUGGUGGCUGGACCCUAAAAGAAGCCAUAUCGCAAAACCUCUUCAAUCCGGUUACUGGUAUAUUUGUUAUUCCUGGAACAGAAAGAGAUAUGGAACUCAGAGAAGCCAUUGCACUUAAUAUCAUCAAUCCCGACUCUGCGGUAGUUAUCAACCCCAAGACCAAGAAAGAGAUACCUUUACAAAACGCAAUAGAAUCACGUAUACUUGACAACACUGGUCAUUUUAGUUUACCAACUGGUAUAAUAAAUAUGAAAGAAGCUUUUGAUCGCAGAUUAAUAGUACACGUAAAAAUUUCAAGCAAUGUAUCAUUACAAAAAGUAAUUACUAUCACGUCCGUUGCUGGAAUUCCUGAUAAAAUUGAAAUAUCCGAAAUAACCGAAACCAUUCCUCGUGACGUAAGCGAAGAGCAAUCAAUUUUAGAACCUAUCCAAGUAGAUUCAGGUAUCAUAUAUGAUCCAGCCACAGCUUUAGUCAUAUCGACAUCGUCAGGUGUCUCCGAAAAUAUUUUAGAUGCUGUUGACCGAGGUAUGGUACCAUUCGAUGCUGUUAAAAUUAAAGAACCACAAACCGGCAAACAACUUACUCUCAAACAAGCGUUAGAUAAAGGUGUUGUGGACAGACAAACCGGAGACUAUAAAGAUAAGUCUGGUAAUAGACUCAGUUUAACAGAUGCAGCAAAAAUAGGCCUUAUUACUGUUAUAGGGGCUCCGUUAGUUGGAGCAGCAAAGGUUAUUCAAGUCGUCAAAAGUACUAUGGUAGUAGAUCCUAAAACGGGGGAAAAAGUGCCUAUGGAAGUAGCUUAUGAAAGAGGUUUAGUGGACCCAGUUACUUAUAAAAAAUACGAAGAAUCUAUUAGGGAUAGGUCCCCCGAAUAUGACCCCACAAUACAGAAAGAAAAACAGUCAACGAAAACCAGCACAGUUACGUUUUCACAGAUUACAACAAAACCCACAUUGACUGGCACUUCUGUCAUGUAUAUCAUAGAUCCUAAAACAAACGAGAAAUUACCAUUAGAAACUGCACUUCAAAAAGGUUUUAUUAAUGAAGAUACUUACAGAGAAUACUUAAAAUUAAGUGAAGAUCCUUCUAAACUCCAAAGCAGCUCCAGUACUAUUACAUUCACUAACAGCGGAAAUAAACCCACUGUGACGAGCACCACUAACGUCCUAGAUCCUGUUACUGGCGUCAAAAUUCCUAUAGACGAAGCAUACGAAAAAGGAUUAAUAGAUCCGAUAUCUUAUUCCAAAUAUAAACAAUUGUUAAAUCCUGAUUUAUCAAAAGAUAUAAAUACGGAAACUUUCCCUCAGUCAACAAAACCCAUAUCUGUAGGAGCGGCUGUUUCCGAAGGCUUUAUCACUGUAGAGACCAUCCAAAAUAGUAUUUUGGCUGAUACUAGGAAACCUAUUAAUUCGAUAUCUGUUACGCAAACUUUACAGCAGCCUUCUGAUAUAGUACAUGUAACGCAAUCUCAAAUAUCACAAACACCUAAAUAUAAGCUACAAAUGGCUACAGAAAGUACAGUUGAUUCUUCAGUAUUAGAAACAAAACCUAUUGUUCUGCAAAAACUACGAAAACGGGUAGUGACGCCAUUAGAAGCCGUCGAAAAAGGAUUACUGAGUAAAGAGACAGCUAAAAUUUUAGAAUCUAUUAAAGUUUAUAAAGAUGAAAAUGGUAUGCCACUCACACUCGAAAAGUCCAUUGAAAGUGGUUUUGUAGAUGAUAAAAAAGGUGAAAUCAAAGAUCCUGUUCAUGGUGAUAUUAUAAAUAUUAAAGAAGCCAUUAAAAGAGGUAUAUUGGAUGAAGAAGGACAGGAUGAAGUACUGAUUCCAUUAGCAAAAAGUCUUUCCAUUGCUGAAGUUUUAGAACAAGGCUUACUAGAUCCAGCUACAGGCAAAAUUAUACAUCCGGAAACUGGUAGCCAUUUGACUUUAAGAGAAGCUAUAAUUUGUGAUAUAGUUGACCCCUUGUCAUCAGUUAUUGUUUCUCCAGGUAACGAAAUGGUGCUAGCCGAAGCUAUUGAAAAGAAUAUAAUCGACAAUGAUAAGAACACGGUAAAAACAAGCAACGGUAAUCUAGAUUUACUAUCAGCUGUGAACGCGUGUAUUUUUACUGUACCGGAUACAGUUACCAAAGAAGAGAUUCCACGUGCAGCUAUGACAUUAUCGGUGGCUAUUAAAAAAGGGCUCAUUGACUCAGAUACUAAACAAAUGAAACAUCCUCUGACUGGUGAACGUUUAACUAUUGAGGAAGCAGUAAAGAGAGACUUAUUAAUGGCUAUUCCUUAUCCAUUGUCACAAGAUGCGAUUACCUUGGAAGAAGCUUUAGAAAAAGGAAUAGUUAAUUUCAAAGAAAAUAAAUUUACCGAACCAAUAUCUAAGGAAAUUAUGCCUAUCGAAAAAGCAAUGGAACAAGGCUUUUUGACUAUAAAACCGAACACGGAGGCUUUACAAACAAGUGGAGUUGUGACAACAGUCACAGAAACAUUUUCUUCUCAACACACAAUUACUACUAAAAUGAUAGAACUUUUAGCUGAUUAUGUUCUAGUCAGUGCACAUGAAGUUCAAAAUACAAAAACAGGGGAAAUACUGUCAAUAGACGUUGCCCGACAAAAGGGAAUCGUUCGAGAUGAGCAAACUAGUAAAGAACAGUUUAUUACUACCGACACAAAUAUUAAUUUCGAAGAUGCUCUCAAUCUUGGAUAUAUAAACAUAGAAGAGGGUACCUUCACUCACCCGAGUACUGGAGAAGUGAUAUCUAUUUCAGAGGCAGUUAAUUCGGGUGUUCUAAAUACUGAAGUAAUAAAAUCGGAUGAGUCUAAAAUCGAAAUAGCAAAGAAAGACUUUGAAAUGUUGGAUCUCAAUGAAGCAUUUGAUCUACUAUUUGACGAAACAUCACAAACAUUUAAAGACCCUAAAUCUCCCGCAAAAUCAAUAACAUUAAAGGAAGCCAUAAAUCGUAAUAUUAUAAAUCCAAAAUCUAUUAUUUACGAUGUAGGUGCUGCUAAACCAGUAACUGUGCAAGAAGCAAUCAACACGGGCUUAAUUGAUAACAAAUCUGGAAAACUGAAAGUACCAGAAACUGGUAAAUCUGUUGACAUUAAAAAUGCAGCUAAGUUGGGACUGAUAGCAGUAGUUGCUGCGCCUGUAUUAGCUGGAAUGGCUGUGGUAAAAGGUGCAAAAGCAGUAACUUCUAAAAUAAUGCAGCCUAAGCAAUCCGUAUCAGAAACUGAUAAAAAGGCUGAAGCCACGAUUUAUCCAAUCAAUGCGAAGGACAAUUACCCUGCACAAUCAAUAUCGUCUAUAAAAAAUGACAUACGGGAAUUACAAAAAUCUCCGCUUCCUCAGCCAGGGGUUCCAAAAGAAAAACAAAUAGGUUUGGAUACAUUAGUUAAAGCUAUAGAUACUAAGAAAGAGAAGCUGGAUCCGUCAUAUCAAGCUAUUGCUAGCCAAGCGAUUGAACCUUGUGUUACCAAAAUAGGAACUGUUCACGCAAGCAAAAGUAUCGUAGAGCAAAUUCAAGAACAGGAAUUGGUAAAGGAAUUACCUCUUGACUUAGAAAAUAGGUUGCAGAAGCCUCAAGAAAUUCAACAAAUGAAUGCUGAAAAUAAGGAAGCUUCCAGUGAUAUAAUCAAAAUAUCUACACCCAUUUGCGAAGAUUUGACCCAAGAGAAAACUAAAUUCAAAGAUCAACAAAAACUUGACGAACUAAAAGAUCCAACACGCGAUCCUAUGAAAUCGAUUGAAGUUGAAAGUAAAUCUCAAACCAUCUCAAAAAAAACUGGAGAUAUGAUCAAAGAAUCUCAAAAAUUCAUCACGGAGGAAGCCGCUUUAAGUGACAAAGAUAAAAAUAUACCACAAGAUAAAAAAUCAAUAAGUUCUUCUGACCAAUAUGAUAUUUCUGUUCCGGAAGUAAAAGAACGGAUAAAAGAAUCCUCUCCUAAGUCUGACACGUCUAAAUCAGUUGAACAAGAACCAGAUUUACAGGAAUUUCAUAAAGUUACACCUGAUGGCAUUGAGCAUAGGACUAUUGUCAAAACUAUUGUUACUAAAUCAGAGCCUUCGGAAUAUAUCUCUGAACAAAUGAGUACAGUUGUUACUACGAAGCUAUCGAAAAUAUCUACUGUUGAAAUAACACAAAAUCAAUCAACGUCAUAUAAUAUAGGUACGGAAGAUAGAACUGAGCCAGAAACUACACAUGCAAUAUUGACCAGUGAAAAAGGCGAUACAAUGAAAUCUUCUGACGAUGUUGAUAAAUUAUCAGUGGCGCAAGCAGAACAAACUGUAUUUACAGAACAUUCGGGUCAUGUAAAAGAUACAAAACAAACACUUGAAUCACCAACAAAAGAUACAACGUUGAUUAAAGAAGAAAAUGCCACAAAAUAUAAUGACGACACAAAUGAUAACCAGAAAGAUAUUGUAGUACCACAAAAACCUACCAUGAGAGAUGAUAAAGUAAUCACUGAAUCUUCUUACGUCAAAGAAAAUACGCCAGAUAUUAUCGAUACCCACGCAACAGUUUUAACUACAUCAACAUUGAAAUCAGCUGGCGAUAUAUUUGCAGCUGUUACUAAGGGUGUUGUUCCAACCGAAGUUAUUCAUAUUGUAGAUCCGAAAACAGGCAAUGACUUAACUUUAAAGGAAGCAAUAGACAAGGGAAUAAUUGACGAGAAAACAGGUGAAGUUACGCAUGAAUCAGGCAGUAAGAUUAGUUUCGGUGAUGCAGCUAAACUUGGCAUCGUCGCCAUCAUAGGAGCACCUGUUCUUGCCGCAGCAAAAGUUGUAGACAUAGUUAAAAACGUUGUAAAGGUUGAUCCAAAUACAAGAGAAAAAGUAGAUGAAGCUAACAUUCGUAAUCUUGUUGAACCAGUAUCUAACGUCAAACAUGAUCAGUCUAUAAAAGAUACUGAUCCUAUCAUUGCAGCAGAAAGUACAAAACAAUAUAGCAUUAAAACGAAUCUGUCUGAAGUGUUUCCUACUAGUGAACCUAUUGAAAUAAAAACUACGAAAAAUUCACAUUUGCAACCAAUUAUUACCGAAACUGUUAUAACAACAGUCGAAAAUAUAGCUUUAGACGACGCAGUAGCGCAACCCUUAAGGAAAGCAACCUACGAUGGUAAAGCCAUAUCGGCUUCUUUGAUAGAUGCCGAAAAACAGCCUCUUAGAGUUAUUGAUGAAAUAACAGAACAAACUGUAGUAAAAGUGGCUCCACAACAUGAUAAACCGUUAUAUGAAAACAUAACAUUAACUGACGCGAUAUCUCAAGCUAAAAUUGAACAAAAAGUUUGUAGGAUUAUCAUAAAUGGUAUUGAAUCUUUAUUAACGGUCCAAGAUUCUUUAGAACAGGGUCAAAUAAGUAAGUUUACACUAGUAGAUAUAAUGUCGAAAAAUUUAGUCCGUGUGAAAGAGACUGAGCCAAAAUUCUGCAUUGCAAUUUCCCAAAAACUUACACCAGAGGAACUUUCUGAAAUGGGCGUAUAUGAUAUCGAAAAGCAAGUAUUUUUGAAUCCUGAAACAGGUGCAAAGAUAUCUUUCGAAGAAUUAGUUUACGGUUUACAUGUAUUUGAUCCGGAAACAAUCCUUGUAAAAGAUUUAGGAUCUAAAUCUGAUAUCUAUAUUUCAUUUGAAGAAGCUAUAGGAAGACCGAUAAUUGAUAAAGGUACUGGACAUAUGGUUAAUCCUAAAACAGGAAAACGGGUACCUUUCUUAGAAUGUGUACAAAUAGGAUGGAUUGUAGAAAAGCCAGAAGAUGUGACAGUCUUUGAACAAUUGUCGAUUGAAAAUGCAUUAGAGCAAGGAUUAUAUAACCCUAAAACUAGUGAAAUAGUAGACGUGAAUACUGGUAAAUUAAUUCCCAUUGGUCAAGCUGUUGAAAACGGUCUGGUAGAUCAGGAAUCAUUGUUGAUUAAUGUACCUCAUUCUAACGAACAUAUACCAAUGUCAGAUGCUCUGGAGCGUGGUAUAAUAGAAAUACGUGAGGGUUUUAUAACUAUUAUUGAAACUCGCCAAGUCAUAGAAAUAUCAGUGGCAAUACAACGUGGAAUUAUAAGUCUGAUACGUAGACCGAUUUCUAUUGAAGCUAUCAUUGUAAAUGACAUGUUAGAACCAUCUACGGGACUGAUCAAAGAUGUAGUUACAGAUCAAUUAGUAAGUGUCAGCGAUGCCGUAGAUAGGAAUAUCAUACAUCCCACUAUAUCUGAAAUAAAAGAUACAGCAUCAGAAAAAUUUGUACCUCUCUCAGAAGCACUUAACACGAAACUCAUUCACCCGGAAACGGGUAAAAUUAAAGACAAAAAGACUGGUAAAGACAUUCCAUUAGAUGACGCUUUGAAAAAAGGUUUACUUGCUACUAAGGACGUCACAUUUUCUUUGUUUGAUAUAAUUGAAUUAGGUUAUUAUUCUCCUGAGACAUGCCAGAUUUUAAACCCCAAAACUGGAAAAAAUGUGACCCUAGCUCACGCAUUAAAAGAUAAGUUAGUCGAUCCGUCUGACGUUAAAAUUAAAGAUGAUAAUUCUGAAGCAGUUUUAUCAUUUCAACAGGCUGUAAAAAUAGGUCUUGUCGAUACAGAGCGAGGUGUCAUUACCUCUCCAGCUAUUAAUUUCAAGGAAGCUCGCGAUAAAGGUUACAUUCUUCAUGAUAAAAAGCCAUGGACAUUACAAGAAGGUCUAGUUCAAGGUUUUUAUAAUCCCGAAACAGGUCUUUUAACAAUCAAUGACUCUACUAUGACUCUGGAUGAAGCAAUUCAAAUAGGUAAUAUUAAUCCUAAUGCAAUGACCGUUAAAAACUCUAUUACUGGCGAAAUUAUUUCUUUAAAUGACGCUAUUAAAAUUGGAAUUAUAGAUUCAAAAGAAGGCACCGUACAUGAUCCAAUCCACGGUGAUAAAAUUUCUCUUACUGAUGCCUCAGAGCGAGGACUCAUUGUUCCUGCAAAACGUAAGCUUAGCUUACCUGAAGCUGUAUUCAAAGGAUUUUACGAUCCCAAAACUGGGAAGUUUUCUCAUCCAGAAGCAAAAGAAAAAGUUCAAACCGACCGAGCAAUCAAAAAGCGGAUGAUAGAUCCUCAAUCGACUUUAGUUCAUGUAGGUGGCAAAGUAAUACCAUUUGAAUUUGCAGUAGAUAAAGGUGUUGUAGAUGGUAGAAGAGGCACCGUUUUGAUAGGAAACGAAAGAGUAGAUUUUAGGGAGGCAUUUGAAAGAGGUAUAUUAGUAGAAGUCAGAAAACCUAUGUCUCUUAUUGAGGCACUUGAAAAGGGUAUUUAUAAUGAAAUAACUGGGCUUUUUAUGGAUCCACAAACAGGUAAAAAGUAUACGCUUGCGGAAGCUAUUAAAAUGAAUCUCAUUGAUCCUAAUUCUGUACACGUUCAAGAUAAUAGGAUGGGAAAAUGGGAUAAAAUUACACUUCCAGAAUCACUUCAGACAGGGGUAAUUGAUGAUAAAACUGGUAAAAUUAAAAACAUUAAUAAUGAAAACGAAGAAAUCAACCUUCGUAAAGCAUUUGAAAUUGGUUUGCUAGUUGAUAGCAAAGCACCUAUUAGCUUACAAAGAGCUUUGCAUCAGGGACUUUAUGAUGAUACCACUGGAAAAAUUUGUGAUCCAACUACAAAUCGUAAAAUAACUGUUCAUGAAGCUAUAAGACGUUCUGUCAUUAGUCCAAAAUAUCUAUGUUAUUUCGAUAAAAAGUCAGAAAAACCAUUAUCGUUAGCUGAAUGUUGUCGUAGUGAAAUUGUUGAUAGGCGCAACGGCAAAUUCACAGAACCAGGAUCAGACGUACAAAUACCAUUAUCAGAAGCCAUGAGCCUAGGCCUUAUAGUUGAUAUAGAAAGUGCUGGAUUUACUUUGUAUGAAACUUUGGCCAUGAAUAUGUACGAUAUUACCGAGGUUGUAUUUGUGCAUCCUGUAACUGAAAGAAAAAUAUCUCUUAAAUCUGCAAUAAUAGAAGAACUAAUCAAUCCUCAAACGUCUUUAGUUAAGCACAUCCCUACAAGUAAAUAUAUAAAAUUAGACGAAGCUAUACAAACUGGUGUCGUAGAUGAGGAAAAUAGCGUCUACGUUCUACCUAAUGGUAAUGAAAUAAAUUUCCUAGAUGCGAAACAUCGGGGUUUGAUAGUUACUGCCAAGAAAAAUAUUAGCCUCGAAGAAAUUAUUAGAAACGGUUUCUUUAGACCUGAUAACGGCAAACUUGUAGAUCCCACAACUAACGAAUACGUUGAUAUAAACAAAGCUAUCGAAAUCAACUUCCUAAAUCCUGACUUAACUAUUGUGAAAGACAACCUAACUAAUAAAUUCAAACCAUUAAUUGUAGCUAUACAACAAGGUGAUGUAGACGUUACCAAAGGUAGAGUUCUUGACACUAAAGCUAAGAAAACUUAUAGUUUAGAUAUCGCAUUUGAUAAGGGUCUUCUUGUGACCGUUGUUCAGCCGCUUACAUCUCAAACAAUAACCAAACGUUAUAUGCCAGAGGCUACGUCCUCUAAAGAGCCAGUUUUAAGAGAAUUCACUUUAGAUGAAGCCAUCAAAUAUGAAUUCAUAAAUUCAGAAACAGCUGUCAUAAAAGAUCCUCGCAAAAAUAAAUACAUUCCAUUGAAAUUAGGUAUGACCGAGGGUAUUAUCGAUAAAAAUGCUAAAGGUUCUUUUGAUAUACAAAAUCGUACACGUACUUUAUGCUUCGUUUUUGAAAAUAGUUUGAUUGUGUAUAUUCGGGAACCUCUUACGUUUGAGCAAGCUUUAGAAAAAGGUUACAUAAACGUUGCCACUGCUCGAUUUACUGAUCCACAUUCCAAUGAAGUAUUAACUAUAAAAGACGCAACAAUCUUAGGUUAUAUUGAUUCGGAUACUGCACUGAUAAAAGAUAAUCUCAAAAAGAGGUUGGUUAAACUGCCAGAAGCGUUCAGAAAGGGACUCAUGGAUGCUGAAAAGGGUAAUAUUUUGGACACUGAGACUUCUAAAUUGAACACACUUGCGUCAUCUAUAGAGAGCGGACUCCUAAUGACACCGAAAAAGAGCUUCUCUCUCAUAGAAACUAUCAAUUUCGGAAUAUAUAAUCCGACGACGGGAGCAUUAAAUGAUCCAUUCAUAACGACGAGCGUCAUAGAUAGAAAGAGGUUGAGUUUAGGCGAAGCAAUCCAUCAAGGAAUCGUAGAUCCAUCCAGCACUGUCGUCAAAGAACCCGAAACCGGAAAGAUUUGGCCAUUGGUUCAAGCUAUCGAACAGAAGCUUGUCGAUCCUGUCGAAGGCAGACUGGUUAUAGAUCCUAAAAAAGAGAUCAGUCUCGAUUUGGUCAAAGCUCAUAAAAAGGGCUACUUGCUGCCAGCAGAAACGAGGCAAGCAGUGGAAGAGAAGUACCGACUAUGUGAUGAGACUCUUUCUAAGUUACUGGAGUGGAUUGCGAUCGUCGAAGAGAGGUUGGCCAAUCAAGAAGCGGCCAAAGAAGACAUGGAUGAGCUACGCAAUCAAAUAAAUAUCUUGAAGCUUAUCAAGGAUGACCUGGAAAGCCACCAGCGCCAAGUGUCCGCAUGCGCCGAUCAGGCUAAACAACUCCUGGUCUCAGGAGGAGAUGUUUUGGCACCACACGAGGUGGCGGCACUGGAGCGUGGCGUUCGACAGUUGAAACAGCGCUGCGACAAGUGCACGGACAAGUGUGACAAAAUGCUGCGACGACUCGUAGCCGCUAGAGACGAGCUCGGGAAAUUCAGCAAUGAACUGAGCACGUUCAACGCCUGGAUGGAAGGCGCUUACCGCCAGUUGGAAGAGAAGGAGGCGGCGAUAUCUAAGCUGGACAAACUCCCCCACCAAGGGGACGAUAUCAGGGACUUCGUGUCCGAUAUCAUCGCUCACCAGGCCGACCUCAGGUUUAUUACCAUGGCCGCGCAGAAGUUCUUGGAUGAGAGCAAGGAAUUCCUAACGAUACUAAACGAGUACCGCACUACAUUACCGUCCCGUCUGUCGCACGUUUCACCGCCCGUGGACAGUGCUGUCCGCGAAGGAGCAGCCUUAGCUCGCCGUCGUCAUAGUGACUUAACAGCGAGGGCCCAAAGAUUGCAGGACAGACUGAGGGGAACCGCGCACCUUACCAAACAAUACAACCUCGCGCUCGAGAAGGCCGGCAAAUGGAUCAACGAUAUCGAACCACAAGUCCGCUCAGUGCUGUCAGAACCCGUAGGCGGUGAGCCACGAGCGGUAGAAUCUCAACUGGCGAAGGCCAAAGCUCUGCAUGGAGAGAUCCUGUCGCAGGGACGGCUCAUCGACAACGCUAAAGACGCCUGCGACCAGCUAGUGAAGUCCUUAGAAGGCAAUCUCACACCUUCAGAGAUACGUCAACUAGAAGUACCCAUCAUAGAUCUGACGGCUCGCUACAAGGACAUAGAUGGCGCUGUGAGCUCCAAGUGCGCAGAGUUGGAGGCUGCGCUGUUGCAAUGCCAAGGAUUACAGGACGCGGCCGAAACGCAAGCCCAUUGGUUGGGACAAGUCGAGAACGUUUUCAAGAACCAAAUGAAACCCGCGUCUCUGAUCCGGGAGCGUCUAGACGAGCAAGUCCGCGAGCAACGCAUCACCCACGGCGAGGUGGAGGCCCGCAGAGCUGCGCUGGCGCAGCUCCUGUCUGCCGCCAGAGACGCUGCCAGGGCGCCAUCUAACGCCAGGAUUGCGAGGAAACUGGAGCAACGCGCCGAAGAGAUAUAUGGAAGAUACGAGAAGCUUCUAGAGCGUUCUAUCAAGCGCGGCCAGUUUUUGGAAGAAGUGUCUCAAGAGCUAGCCAUAUUUAGUCAACAAGCUGCUGCUUUAGAAGCUGCGCACACACAACUAACCGAACAAGCGGACACUAGAGAACUGGCUAGAAUCAACGCCGAUGACCUGCGAGCGAGACUGGCGGAUUUGGCACAUUUCAGAGACAAACAAAUGCCGCUUCUUGAAGAAUGUCUACGCAACGGCAAACAGCUGAUCGCCAAAAAGGACGUUACUGACACGCACGUCGUUCGCGAUAGGAUGAAGAUCUUGGAGAAUCAAUGGCGAGAUUUCAACACUGCGCUUGAAGAGAAACAGAAAUUGUCAAAACAAAGGGCUGAUCAGCUCAACCAAUACGAUACACUCCGAGCUCAGGUGCUAGAAUGGUUGCAAUCCAUAGAGAACAGAGUCGGAAGACUUCAACCCGUUGCCGUUGAUUUGGACAUUAUGAAACAGCAACAAGACGAACUGCGCCCCCUAGCCAAGGAGUACAGAGACUACUCGGUUACCAUAGACAAGGUGAAUGAAGCGGGAGCUGUGUAUGAAGCUUUGUCUCGUGGCGAACGCGCGGACAGUCCUCAUAGAAGACGAUUGUACAGCCCUACUAAACGACAUACGCCCAGUCGUACAUUAGACGGGCGUUCGCCGUCGCCCAGCAAAGGUCUAGGAUUGGCCAGCCCCGCUUCUACUCACUCCACCUCUAGCGGGUUCUCUUCCCGUCGCUCCAGCCAAGAAGGAUUCCAUCUUGAAGAGUUAUCCGGCGUACAACAACAGCUAUCGGAGAUAAACAACCGCUACAGUUUGGUAGGCAGUCGCCUCGCUGACAGACAAGCGGAAUUGGACGCUUUACGCGCGGAAUUGAGGAAACAUCUCGACAGUUGCCGAUCGCUACAUUCCUUCUUGGACAAGGUGCAACGCCAACUGCCCAAAGAGUCGAUACCCAACACCAAGGAAGAGGCGGAUAAGACGACGAAGCAAGCGCGCGCCGUUCUAGAGGAAAUGUAUGAGAAGCAGAGCAUCCUCGACUCUACCAAGACACAGGUUCGCGAACUUCUAAAGAAGAAACAAGGCGUCGAAGGCGCUGACAGGUUGCACGCUGAGAUGGAAGAUGUCGCCACUCGCUGGAAGGCGCUGCACGAUGCUUUCAAAGACAAGAUCCGUCUAAUGGAGGAGAUGAAGGACUUCCACGACACCCACAGUAACCUGACCACGUGGUUGGGCUCCAAAGAUCGUAUGUUGGCCGCACUCGGACCCAUAUCCUCGGACUCGAGGAUGGUGCAAACUCAAGUGCAACAGGUCCAAGUCCUCCGCGAAGAAUUCCGCGUACAACAACCACAGUUGGCACACUUGGACGAGAUAGCGGCUGCUGUACUCCAACGUUUGGAUCCGAAGUCGCCAGACGCUGAAUCUCUCCGCCGGAAGGUGCAACAAGUACGAGAUCGAUGGAACGAUCUGCUUGCCAAGCUGGAAGCACGCGGUGAAAGCCUAGGCGCUGCCGCCGAUACUUCUCGCGAAUUUGACGCGGGAUUGGCUCGUCUGCGAGACGCCUUACACUCUAUAGGAGAUCAGCUGGACAGGCUCCCCGAACACGAGCCUGAUGAGAGACUGCGCAAGAUUGAGAACUUGGAACGGCAAUUAGAAGGCCAGAGGCCUUUAUUGGCGGACUUAGAAGCCGCCGGUGCAGCCCUAGCAACCGUUCUUUCCGAUCCAGCUUCCAGACAAGACAUUCAGAGCAAACUGGCCGCAGUAGCAAGACAAUACGACAACCUGCAAAGGAAAUUAGACCUUAAGAAGGCAGAAAUAGAGGCGGCUUUGAAGGACGGUCGCAACUUGGAAGAGAACGUUGCCAAGACCCUGGGAUGGCUUCAAAGCGAAUUGGGCUCUUUGCCGGGUCGUUUACAAGUAUCGGCCGAUAGCAAUCGCUUACAACAGCAAUUGGAACGACACGAGCCUUUAUAUAGGGAGUUAACGCAGCGCGAACACGAAAUCAUCAUGCUGCUUGACAAAGGUCGUGAGAUGGAGAAGAAGCCGUCAUACCAAGGUCUCAGGAAGGACCUCGACAGGAUCCAAACGCAAUGGGAUAAGCUCAAGCGGGAGAUCGUCGAUCGAUACACACGCCUCCAGACUGCUAUGGAGCACUGCCGUAAAUACAGUAAGGCGCAGGAGUCUUUCCUGCCAUGGCUUAGUUCAGCGGAAGAACGCGUCGCUCAACUUCCGCCGACUGCUUUCACUCGACGAGAAGUAGAGGCGCAGUUGAGGCAAUUGCAACUGUUGAGAAACGACAUUUGGAAGCGGUCUGGCGAGUACGAAAAUAACAAGACGCUAGGCGAGACGUUCAUAUCCGCGUGCGAUGUUGACCAGGAGAUAGUCAGGAAACAACUCGACACGAUGCGUGACCGCUGGGACAGAAUCAACAAUGAAGUGCUGCAACAAGUGGAAUUCUUGGAGACUACCGCUCGUAAACUAGGCGACUUUGGUGAGAAAGUACGAGCUGUCGAGACACCUUUACAACGAUGCGAAGAGAGACUUCAAGACGCUUUAGCAGCACCCCCUGCCGUCGCCGCUGAAGCUGUGGCCAGAUUGACUGAUAAUAUUCACGCGCUGAGGGUUCCGUUGCAGAGUGUAGAAACGGCUGCCGACGACAUCAUCCGUCUUGCUCUCGAGUGCGGCGGUAAAGAGGAUAGCGAACGGGCCCGUGGUGUUCUACAAGCUCAUACAGCUGGACUCGCCGAUCGACUGAAUGAUCUGGAGACUCGCGCUGAUGAUGCACGAGCGAGAUUGGCCGGAGCUACUGCUGCCGUCGCACAGUUCCAGGAUAAGGUGAAGAACCUCUCCCACGACCUAACAGACUUAGAGAAGGAAUUGGACUCCAUGAAGCCACCGGGAAGGGACAUCAAGACUGUGAAGACACAAUUGGACGACAUAGGUCGUUACUACAAACGUUUGGAGAAGGCCGAUGACUUAGUUGGAGAUAUUGCAAGAGCCGCGGAAAGUUUGGUCGACAGCGGUUACGCUGUGGACUCAGCUAAUACGAGAGAUCAGGUGGAAGGUCUCCGCAAACAACUCGCUAAGUUGGACGAACGAGCUCGCUCUAAAGAACAAGACUUGGACGAUACUCUGAGCAAACUGGAGGCAUUCUACAAAGCAUACGACUCUGUCAUGGACGAUGUGCAAGAGGCAUCUGAGCAAGUACGCGCCCUUAAGCCGGUAUCCUCAGAAGUGGAACAGAUCCGGUCUCAACAGAAAGACUUCGGUGAAUUGAGACGACGCACCCUGGAGCCUUUGGGACAAAAUGUGGCCCAUUGUAACAAGAUAGGUCAAGGCCUAGUCAGAUCGGCCUUACAAGGAGUCUCCACGCAACAGCUGGAGAAGGAUCUCGAAAAGAUGAAUGACAAAUGGAAUGCGCUCAAGGAGAAGAUGAACGAGCGCGAGCGUCGUUUAGACGUUGGUCUUCUGCAAUCGGGCAAGUUCGCCGAAGCUCUAGCCGGGUUAGAGAAAUGGCUGGCUGACACCGAAGAUAUGGUGCGCAAUCAAAAACCACCAUCGGCCGACUACAAGGUCGUUAAAGCACAACUACAGGAGCAGAAGUUCCUCAAGAAAAUGCUGAUGGACCGUCAGAACUCGAUGUCUUCGCUAUUCGCUAUGGGCAACGAAGUGGCCGCCGGCUGCGAAACUGGCGAACGCAAGUCCAUUGAGAAACAACUCAAGGGCUUGAUGCAGAGAUUCGAUGCAUUAACUGACGGUGCUCAACAGAGGAUGCUUGAUUUGGAACAAGCUAUGAAGGUGGCUAAACAAUUCCAAGAAGAACUGCAACCACUUGUGGAAUGGCUGGGAACUGCCGAACGCAAGGUGAAGGCUUUGCAACUCGUGCCUACUGACGAAGAGAAGAUACAGCAGAAGAUCAGGGAGCACAAGAACUUGCACGAAGAUAUUCUUAGCAAGCAGCCAGCAUUCAAGCAAUUGACCGAAACAGCAUCAACACUAAUGGGUCUUGUCGGUGACGAUGAAGCCACCGCUCUGGCAGACCGUCUACAAGCUGCUACGGAUAGGUACCAAGCUCUGGUAGAUCACAGCUUGAACAUUGGGGAUUUACUGGACAAUUCUCGCAAAGGAUUACGUCAUCUAGUCCUCACUUACCAAGAGUUAGCCGCGUGGAUGGAUGGCAUGGAACAAUACUUAGCCAAGAGGAAACUGCUUCCUCUACACAUGGAUAAAUUACUACGGCAAAUGGAUGAACUAGCGGCGAAAACCGAAGAGAUCGCGGCCAAGCAAGAAGCCGUGGACUCCACGGUGGAAUCGGGUCUGGAGCUCAUGAAGCACAUAUCUGGAGAUGAAGCUCUGCAACUUAAAGACAAAUUAGACGCUUUGCAACGAAGAUACAACGAUCUCACUUCCCGCGGAGCUGAUCUCUUGAGAAUCGCUUCGGAGACACUUCCGCUCGUACAACAGCUUUAUAACAACCACAACAAAUUGAAUGAAUGGAUGUCCGGUGCGGAGAACUGCCUGCAAUCCGUGGAGCCUCGCGAAGAAGACAUACUCCGAUUGGAAGCGGACUUGCAGGAGUUCAGACCUUUACUCGACACUAUCAACGUCGUAGGACCGCAGCUAUGCCAAAUUUCCCCUGGAGAAGGAGCGACACAUGUGGAAGCUUUAGUGACGCGCGACAAUCGCCGCUUUGACGCCAUCGCUGAGCAGAUUCAACGCAAGGCUGAGCGGCUACUGCUCAGCAAGAAGCGAUCGCUUGAAGUGGUAGGCGAUAUGGAGGAAGCGGUCGAAUGGCUGCGCAGCGCCGAAGCCGCUUUGAGAAACGCAGCGCCUCCUUCUGCAGACGCGGCUAAAGUCAGGCAGCAAUUGAAUCAACAACGGCCGUUAAGCGAAGACGUGGCUGCACAUAGAGCCCGCGUCAGAGACCUGCUGGCUCAAGCGAAGAAGGUUCUCCGCGAGUGCCAGUCUUCCGACGAGACUGCAGUGAUCCGCGAUCGCAGCGAAGAACUCAAGGAACUGAUGGAGGAAGUUGGCCAGCUCAGUGCUGACCGAUUAGCUGCCUUAGAACAGGCGUUACCACUCGCUGAACACUUCGCUGACACUCACCACGGCUUGUCUUCCUGGAUGGACGACAUGGAGAGGCAGAUCCAGAUGUUGGCGAUGCCGGCUUUACGCCCCGAGCAGAUCGUCCAGCAGCAAGACAAAAACGAGAUGCUGCAACAAUCGAUCGCCAACCACAAGCCCCUAGUGGACAAGCUAGUGAAGACGGGCGAAGCCCUGGCGCGCCUCUGUGGUGAAGACGAUGCCAGCAAAGUACUAGACACCGUGGAAGGGGACUGCGAGCGAUAUAAUGCUCUCAGAGCUGAGUUGCGCCAAAGGCAACUAGAACUAGAACAAGCAUUGCAAGAAUCAUCGCUGUUUUCCGACAAACUGGAAGGCAUGCUGCGCGCGCUGAACGGCGCCCGCGAUCAAAUCGCACGCGCUGAGCCCGUCUCCGCGCAUCCUCCUAAGAUUCAAGACCAAAUAGAGGAGAACAACGCCCUCACGGAAGACUUAGAGAAACGCCAGGAGGCUUACAACGCGGUCCAACGCGCCGCCUCCGACGUCAUCAGCAAGGCGGACCGCAGCGACCCCGCCGUCAGGGAUAUACGCAAUAAACUGGACAAACUGAACAAGCUAUGGGACGAAGUACAGAAAGCCACGAACGACCGUGGCGUCUCUUUAGACAGCGCGUUAGAAGUGGCCCGCCGCUUCUGGCAACAAUUAGACGCGGUUAUGGCAACAUUGAGCGAGUUACAAGACACACUUGCAUCGCAACCCCCGCCUGCGGCUCAACCUAGAGCUAUACAAGCGCAGCAAGUAGCCUUGCAAGAGAUCAGGCAUGAGAUCGACCAUACUAAGCCCGAGGUUGAGAAAGUCCGCAAGACUGGCUCCACUCUGAUGUCGCUAUGCGGCGAGCCAGACAAGCCGGAAGUGAAGAAACACAUGGAAGAUCUGGACCAAGCGUGGGACACUGUGACCGCACUGUACGCACGUCGCGAGGAGAACCUCAUCGACGCCAUGGAGAAGGCUAUGGAGUUCCAUGACACCCUGCAGAAUCUCCAAGAAUUCUUGGACUCUGCCGAGGACAAGUUCUCCCGUAUGGGCGCUUUGGGCUCGGACAUCGACGCGGUGAAGAAGCAAAUAUCGCAACUAGCCGCAUUCAAGCAAGAAGUCGACCCUCACAUGGUUAAAGUUGAAGCUUUGAACAGGCAAGCGCAAGAACUGACGGAGCGCACAUCGUCCGAACAAGCGUCCGCAAUAAAGCAACCUUUGACCGAAGUGAAUUCACGUUGGUCCGCCCUUCUGAGGGGAAUGGUUGAAAGGCAACAACAACUAGAGAGGGCGCUGCUGAGAUUAGGCCAACUACAACACGCGUUGCAAGAGUUACUCUCUUGGAUAAACCACACAUCUGACACCCUUGACACUCUUAAACCGGUGGCAGGAGACCCUCAGAUUCUUGAAGUGGAGCUGGCCAAACUUAAAGUGUUAGUUAAUGACAUCGCCGCUCACCAAGCGAGUGUCGACACUCUGAACGACGCCGGCGCGCAGAUACAGCGACACGGUUCCGAAGAAGCGGGAGAGACGGCAGAGAAGUUGGCAACACUGAACAGGAAAUGGCGGGAGCUGCAGCAGAAGGCUCGCGACCGCCAAUCCGAGCUCGAGGACGCCCUUAGGGAAGCACAAAGCUUCAACGCGGAGAUCGGUGAUCUGCUCUCCUGGUUGUCCGAAGUGGACGGCGUUAUCGCCGCUUCGAAACCGGUCGGCGGUUUGCCGGAAACCGCAUCCGAACAACUGGAGAGAUUCAUGGAAAUCUACAAUGAGAUCGAAGCCAACCGACCCAAGGUGGAAGCUGUCCUACAACAAGGACAAGAAUAUCUGCGUCGCCAGGAGAAACCCAACCCUACUUCGCAACUGUCGCUUAAUCUCAAGAACCUCAAGUCUCGAUGGGAUAAUGUCACUGCAAGAGCGUCAGACAAGAAGAUCAAACUGGAGAUCGCUUUGAAAGAGGCGACAGAAUUCCACGACGCUUUACAAGCCUUUGUGGACUGGCUUACUGGGGCCGAGAAAACUCUCGCUUCGGCGAAACCCGUUUCUAGGGUCAUGGAGACGCUACUCACGCAAAUCGAGGAGCACAAAGCAUUCCAAAAGGAGAUCGGCACCCACCGCGAGACCAUGCUCUUACUGGACAAGAAAGGAACCCACCUGAAGUACUUCAGUCAGAAACAGGACGUUAUCCUCAUCAAGAAUCUGUUAGUGUCAGUACAGCAUCGAUGGGAAAGAGUAGUGUCUAAAGCUGCUGAGAGAACCAGGGCUUUGGACCACGGCUUUAAGGAGGCUAAAGAAUUCAAUGAUAUGUGGAACAACUUGAUGAACUGGCUGUCGGAUACGGAACAACAGUUGGACGAACUCAACAAGGAGACCACUGUCAACGACCCAGAGAAGAUCAAACAGAGGUUGCACAAACACCGCGACUUCCAGAAGGCAUUGGGCACUAAGCAGCCGGUCUACGAUCAAACCAUGAAGACGGGCAAGCAGCUAAAGGACAAAGCCCCCAAGACUGACGAGACCGCCCUCAAGAAUAUGCUCAACGACCUGAAAACUAAAUGGACCACAGUCUGUUCUAAAGCUGUCGAUAGACAACGCAAAUUGGAGGAGGCGCUGUUAUACUCGGGUCAAUUUAAAGAUGCGAUGUCUGCUCUACUCGACUGGCUGAAGAAGCAGCAAUCUUCUUUGUCUAACGACUUGCCUGUACACGGAGAUUUGGAUACGGUCAUGGCACUCAUUGAACAACACAAGCAAUUCGAGGAAGACCUCCACUCGAGGGAACAACAGAUGCAAUCUGUCAUGAAGACUGGAAAGGAUCUGGAAGCUACGGUUCCCCGUGAAGACGCUGCCAGCAUUCGUCAACAGUGCAGUGAACUCAAACAACUAUGGGAGAGCGUACAAAGCCUGAGCGAGAAGAAAGCUCACAAAUUAGAAGGUGCUCUUAAAGAGGCUGAAAAACUACACCGUUCAGUGAAUAUGCUUCUCGAAUGGUUGUCUGAUGCUGAGACCCGUCUAAGGUUCUCUGGCCAAUUGCCUGAAGCGGAAUUAGAAGCGCAACAACACUUACGAGACCACGAGAAGUUCGUACGAGAGUUGAAGGAGAAGCAGAGGGACAAGGACGAUACCAUUGCGCUCGCGCAGUCCAUAUUGGGCAAGGCUCAUCCCGACGCCGUUACUGUCAUCAAACACUGGAUCACUAUCAUACAGAGCCGGUGGGAUGAGGUCUGGCAAUGGGCAAUGCAACGAGGCACCAAACUGGAGAAUCAUAUGCAGGGCUUGAGAGAUCUGGACCUUGUGCUAGAAGAACUCCUGCAAUGGCUAAUAGGACUCGAAAGCACCCUGCUAUCCUUGGAAGCUGAGCCUCUGCCUGAAUCCAUAGAACUUCUAGAAGGCUUGAUAGAAGACCACAAAGAACUGAUGGAACACACACAGAAGCGACAGAACGAGGUCGACCGCGUCUGUAAAGCUUACCAGGUCAAGAACCAAAGCCAAGGUAGAGAAUCAACACCGCGCAAAGUCUCAGCGAAGACUGCCACCAAAGGAACACCCGGCCGCGGCUCACAGCACGACCUCAGUAGGGAGAGAUCCGUCUCGCCCGAUUACUAUGGCUCUAGGCGCUACAGUCGCGUGAGCCCUGGUCGCGAGACGCCCGACCGCGCCCUGCCGCACUACGGACCGAAGUUCCCGCCAAAGGGAAGCAAAGGAGCUGAGCCGGAAUUCAGGUCGCCACGUGUUAAGCAACUAUGGGACAAGUGGCGAACAGUGUGGCUACUCGCGUGGGAGCGACAGAGACGACUGCACGAGCGUCUCGCUCACUUGAAGGAGUUGCAGCGCGUGUCCAACUUCAGCUGGGACGACUGGAGGAAGCGGUUCCUCAAGUUCAUGAACCAUAAGAAGUCCAGGCUCACGGACCUCUUCAGAAAAAUGGAUAAGGACAACAACGGAUUUAUACCGAGGAACGAGUUCAUUGACGGCAUCAUUAACACUAAAUUUGACACUUCUCGCUUGGAAAUGGGCGCCGUGGCCGACUUGUUUGACAGGAACGGCAGCGGUCUCAUCGAUUGGGAGGAGUUCAUUGCUGCCCUACGACCUGACUGGGUGGAACGGCGAGGGCCGCCCACGGACGCGGACAAGAUCCACGAUGAAGUGAAGCGGCUCGUAAUGCUGUGCACCUGCCGGCAGAAGUUCAGGGUCUUCCAAGUGGGAGAGGGCAAGUACCGGUUCGGCGACUCGCAGAAGCUCCGCCUAGUGCGUAUCUUACGCUCCACUGUGAUGGUGCGAGUGGGAGGCGGUUGGGUGGCGCUCGACGAAUUCUUGGUCAAGAACGACCCGUGUCGCGCCAAGGGACGCACCAACAUCGAACUUCGGGAACAAUUCAUACUGGCUGAUGGAGUCUCACAGAGCAUGGCAGCGUUCCGACCGCGUACGCCCCGCUCUAACACAAAUACUCCACCCUCCACCGGACCAAUUACAAAGGUAAGGGAACGUACGGCUAGAUCUGUCCCGAUGUCUGCUGGAGGAGCUGCUGCUGGUCGCGCCUCAAGAUCUUCGCUAAGUGCAGGAACGCCAGACUCACUUAGCGACAAUGAAGCAGCCAGUGGACUCGGGUCAAGAUAUAGGAAACCAAGUGUGCCGAGAUCAACGUUAACACCGGGUGGAUCACGACCUGGGUCUAGACCUGGUUCAAGAACGGGAUCCAAACCACCCUCAAGACAUGGAUCUAAUCUUUCCUUAGAUAGCACAGAUGAUGUAUCGACACCAUCUCGCAUACCAAUGAGGAAAGUGACAAACACGAGAGCUUCAAUAGCUCGUGCUGCGGCUACUGCAAGCAAAUUAGGAGUGACGACACCAAACGGAGGCUCUAGGCCUCGCACUCCAACAGGAUUCCUGACACCAGCUAGUGGAAGGCAACGAACACCUUCAGGCAGUACGACUCCAGUACGCUCGGGCCAGCAGACGGCGGUGUCCCGGCUGCUGCGCAAGCCCUCGGACGCGUCAGACAGCGGCGCGCCAACUACGCCCGGCUCCCGACGCGGUACUCCGUCAUCUUCUCGAACCACGGAGAAACGCGAACCAUUCCGACUUUAAACGAUAUGUAUUUUAACAGCACAAGUCCCUUUAUGAUUCUCAAGACGUAAUAAUAGUAAUGAGGACUUGGGUUUUGAAUUCGUUAUAUAAGUAAUACGAGUCGCUCUUGUGUUUAUCGAAAUAUUUAACUGUUUUUGUGCUUUAUAAUCCUUGUGUAAAAAAUCUUGUCAUUCCUUCUCCCUUUUUUAAUCGCAUAAAUAUUUCCAUGAAAGCGACUCUUAUUACUCGAGGCAAAUGCCCAUUACAUUGCAUUACAUGUUAUAUUAUAAAAUAAAAUACUAACAUGAUUAACCAAUUCGCGAAUUAAGCCAAGCUUAAUAAAAAAUACGAAUUUGCGAAUGUGGCUUUUUUAAUUAAGUAAAAACAUAGAAGUUAGUAGUAAAACUUAAAGUCUGCACUUGUUGCCUUGUAUACUUGUUUUUCUACGAUCCGUGCAAUUUUGUGCACGUUGGAUUAUAUUUUAUUUAUUUUGUGCUGUCAGUAUUUCCCCGAUAAGUUUUGAUAACAUGGAUAGAUUAAACCAGUAUCUGUCUCAACGUGAAUGUUAUUCAUUUUUCUUAUUUAUUGUCAACGUUGCCAUAAUUGUUAGCGUAUGUUUUGAAUGUAUAAAUACGUACCUACGUCUCUCUACGGAGACCAGAUAAAAAGUGUGAUUUUAUAAUCUUUUUGUAAUUAUUUUUCCUUUAGGGACCAUUUUUUUAUUCGAACUGUAAGAUGUAGGUGAUUUCGAGCCAACGCCUUUCAUUGUGUUGCAUUCUGCUUAUAAUUACGCCAGAUUAUACGUUAUGAUAAUACUUUGAAAUGUAGUGGAUCGCGAUCAGUUGAGGUGAUAAUAGAAUUAUUAUAUAAUUUACUUUUGUAUUGCACAAUCAUGUCUGUUCAUUAUCAAAUCCUUUGGUGUUCAAUUCUUUGUUAGAAUGGUGUUGAUAGUUAUCAUUCGCUAUGUACAUUAUUGUAUGUGAUUUAUUUAUAAUGUUGAUGAUUGCACAAUAUCUUUGUUGAUGGUGAUAGUUAUUUUCAAGGGAAUAAAAAGAAGGUAAACUGUAAUCGUUAUCCUGGAUAGACGCCAGUAUCCUAGGGAUAAUAUUAUGUUUACAACAUUUUCUGCUCAGAGAAAAAUCCACAUCUGAUUUUGGUUAUAAUAGUAACUUAAACAAAGUACACUUGGUCGAAAAGACAUUUACUUAAUAAAAAAGCUAAGAAUUUGAUAUGAAAUAAAUGCUUUAAAAUGUAUCCUUCAUUAAAAAUGUUAACCAACACUCACACUUAUUUGUUAAUAUUUUAUUAUAAAUCUGACUUUUUAGCUUAUUAUUAGAGAUAUGUAAAACUAUUAAUCUGGUCAUUUUUAUUUAAAUCAUUGUUGUAUUUGUUAAAUAUAAAUCAAAGCAAAAUUACUAAAAAGCUUGCAAUUUUGUAUAAAAUAAUGAUUCUGAAGACCUACAGUUUUAAAAUCUCAUUAUUGAUUUCAAAAUAUAAAAUAAAGAAUAACAAUAUUUAAA